UUUUCCUCUCAUUUGUUAGUUUUUUCAAACCCUAACCAAAACUCUUUUCACUCGGUUCGGGUUCAUUAUCCGAUGUACGGAUCGGAGAACAACCGUGAAGAUUCGGAGCGAACGGCUUUCCGACGAACGGAGAAGAAGUACAAGCUCUACUAUGAUAACAAUGCUUCAUCCAAGAACAAAAAGAAUAAACAACCGAAACCGGUGGACUUAACGGAGGUACUUGACUUCAGAUCAAUUCUAGAAUGCCAUAACCGCAACGCUGAGCUUCCUCAAGGUGUUGUUGUUCUUCAGGACAAAUUCAGUUCUCCAGUGUUCUCUUUGCAAAAUCACCCUGGCUUUUAUUUUAUACCUGGGGCAUUGAGCAUAGAGAAACAAUGUGAUUUGAUAAGGGAGAGUUUAACUGAAUUUCCGCAGCCACCUAACAGAACAAAUCACAAUGCCAUAUAUGGUCCUAUACACGAUUUGUUUGUUGCGGCCAAAGAAGGGAAAGUUUUGGUUGAAGAGAAAUCUCCAGUUACUUCGCAUGAAUGUAGUUCUGAUUUGGAUUGUAGGGAUGGUGAGGAAUGGAAGUUUUUCACGGAAAAGGAAGCGUCCUUAAGAAAAAGCAGAUCAGUUUCUGGUUCUUCUUUGCUGCGAAAGUUGCGAUGGAGUACCCUUGGACUACAGUUUGAUUGGUCCAAUCGAAAUUAUAAUGUGUCUCUCAAACAUAACAAAAUCCCUGAAGCACUAUGUGAGCUCGCCAAACAAUUAGCAAAACCUGCAUUACCUGCUGGAGUUGAAUUCCAGCCUGAAGCUGCGAUAGUAAAUUACUUUGCAUCAGGGGACACACUGGGUGGCCACCUUGAUGAUAUGGAAGCAGAUUGGAGUAAGCCCAUAGUUAGUUUAAGCUUGGGCUGUAAAGCCAUUUUUCUAUUGGGAGGAAAAUCUAGAGAGGAUGCUCCCCUAGCGAUGUUUCUUCGAAGUGGGGAUGUUGUACUCAUGGCUGGAGAAGCAAGGGAAUGCUUUCAUGGUGUUCCUCGGAUCUUCGCCGACAAAGAAAAUGCUGAGAUAGGCCAUCUUGAGGCACAGUUGGCGCACGAAGAUGAUCUUUGUUUCCUAAACUAUAUUCAAACUUCAAGAAUCAACAUCAAUAUCAGACAAGUGUUUUAAGUAAUAUUUUCUUCUUUCAAAAUGAAAUUUUGUUAGAUUAUGAGAAAAGAAAAUAUAUAUAAUUUCUAUUUAAUGUGGAUAUUAUAUCAUGUUCAGCAAACCUUGCGGCAACAUCAACUCAUAACUUAUGCUUGCUUUGUGAUGAUGAGGUCUGCAACUUUCAGAAGCAAUCUAAAUUAACAACUUAUUAUUAACAUCCUGGAGAUAAUGUAUAUCUCAUCUCAUACAUCCCAAAUUAAACAAUGUAAUAAAUUAGCUACCCAUGCCAAGAGCCGUGGAAGAAGUUUAUGGUCGGAGCAAUAGUGUGCACGCAGAAAGAUGGCUAGAAUAAUAGUCGCAUUAGUCACAAUCUUUAACCGCACACGGCUUCUGCCUUGUCGACAAUUGGUUCUCGUUUUAGAUAAACGAUUCUUGAAAAUUUCAACAAAACAAAUCAUGUUUUGCAAAUAACUUUUGUAUGGUCAUGGACUAAUGGUGUAAAAGACAAAAUAAAUGGUCCCAAUAUUUUUUCUGUUA